GUAAGAGUCUCUUUGCUUGCAAACACCUGAAACUUUGCUACAUGAACAAAGAGCCAAUCGUAAGCAAGGAUAAGAAGGGGGAGUAGAAGAAAGGAAGAAUAAUCAUGGAGGAGAGGAGGGAGAAGAGUGGAGAGCAGCAAGUGAGGGUAGUAGAGGAGGAGGAGGAGGCGGCGGAGGAUGAUCCGGUGCUUCCGGGGUUCCGGUUUCAUCCCACGGAUGAAGAGCUCGUGGGUUUCUAUCUGAGGAGGAAGGUGGAGAAAAAGUGCUUCAGCAUAGAGAUCAUCAGAGAGAUUGACAUCUACAAGCAUGAUCCGUGGGAUCUCCCAAAAGUUGUGUCCGCUAGAGAGAAGGAAUGGUACUUCUUUUGCUUGAGGGGUAGGAAGUACAGGAACAGCAUCAGGCCUAACAGGGUCACCGGAUCCGGAUUCUGGAAGGCCACCGGCAUCGACAGGCCGAUAUAUUCUGCGAAAGACCCCGGCGGCGACUGCAUCGGCCUGAAGAAAUCCCUCGUCUACUACCGAGGAAGUGCAGGAAAAGGCACCAAGACGGACUGGAUGAUGCACGAGUACCGCCUUCCUUGCAAGAACUCCGACACCGCAACCCCCAGCAUACACGAAGCUGAAAUCUGGACGAUAUGUCGAAUCUUCAAGAGGAACACCUUCAAAAAGAGCUGGAAGCAAUCGAACAACGUGAAACUCCCAACUGAUUCGAGCUCCAAAAGUAGCAGCUUCGAGUCCGACGACGGCGGAAACGAAUUCAAGUUCCUCGCCUCCUCCAGCUACCUUAACGAGGAAGAAAUGAAGUACGUCGGCAAUUGCUUUGCGGAGAACGAGCAGAUCUAUGGGAGCCAGUGGAACUCCAUGGCGCAAGCUCCCACGCCAACGUUGCACUCCGACGUAGUAUCGACUACUCCUAGUGUGAACGACUUCUUCAGAGACGGCAACUGGGACGAGCUUGGAAGGAUCGUGGGCUUCAUGACAGACCAAAGUGUGGCCUCCUGUUGCCAAUACCCCUAGACUUCUUUGGUCGCAUGUGCAGGUGGCAACAAGAAGAUGAGGAAGACGAUGAGUACAUGCAACGUCGACGUCUGUGUGUCGGAUUCUAUGCGAUGUUAAUUACUGAGUUCCAAAAGCACGGAAGAUUUGUGUGAGUUAAUUCUACCACUAUGGGGAAAUAUUGCUAAUUUGUCAUGGAAGUUCUUCUAACUUAACCACUUCCUGCCAUCCUUGUACAAUGUACUGCUUUCAGUAAAAAGGAUAUGCUUGCAGAA